GGUUGAGGGAAGCCAUUGGAGAUAUGUCUGUAAAUGUCGUCUCGUGUCUCAUCUUCCUGUUGGGCCUUCUAUUCUCCUCUGUCCAAUGUUGACUCUGCAGGACUUGCUAAAGAAUCAGAAGAUGAUCUGUCAUUCAAUCCAUCUCUUAUGCAGAAAGCCAAAUCUAAUAAAGAAAGCAUAUUGCUGAAACCUAUAGUUUAUGAGCCUGAAAGACAAUCCAACAGAAAUCUACACACCCGAAACAAAUUACAAUCCUCAAGGACAGUGCGGGAAAUGGAUGUUGUUACUCCAUUAACAACAGUUCCGAUGAUAAACCCUACAACCACCCCAACUACAGUGACUCCCAACUAUAAUCCUUUUCCCACAACAUCAACUCCAUCCAUGACUCCAACUACAAACCCAUAUUCAACUCCAACGAUGGCGACCCCAUCAUCACCAUCAGGCCAAAGCUGGUGUGUGGCAAGUCAAACUGCUUCACAGACUGCAUUGCAGGUUGCUCUAGACUAUGCUUGUGGAUAUGGAAGUGCAGAUUGUUCAGCAAUUCAGCAAGGUGGAAGCUGCUACAACCCAGAUACAGUCCGUGAUCAUGCAUCAUAUGCAUUCAAUGACUUCUAUCAGAGGAACCCAAUUCCUACCAGCUGUGAUUUUGGAGGAACGGCUGUGAUCACCAAUGUGGAUCCAAGUACUUCAACAUGUCAGUAUCCAUCAACAAGCACAAGCUCAUCCGUCCUCAACACAACUUAUCCUACUGGAUCAACACUCUUUGGGUCUGUUCCGCCAGCUACAAGUGGUUCCACCUUGAUGUUAAACAGCAUAACACCUCCAAUCAUUGUAAUAUGUCUCCUGAUGUCACUGAUCUUCUUAAGUGUCACCAGAUAGACAUCAAAGAUACUCUAUAACGAGCCAAAGAAAAUGGGAUGAUGGCCAUUGUUUGCUACAGCAUCUAUGGAUACCCAAGAGAAAAGAGGCAGCACUGGAAAUCCAACCAAAAAGCAAAGGAACCCUCUUGGAAACUCAUUCUAUGGAGUGAGGAAGCUGACCAGGAUGUCCUUUAUAGCAGAGACAACAGCCAGCAGACUCCUUAAAAGUCUCCAGUAGCAGGGAUAGUUAUAAACAAUUCACUUCAUUUUGUAGGUACAAAUAUCAUCUAUUUCCGUUUGAUUGCACUUGUUUCUUCUUAUUUGAAUAAGUAGCAGUUUGAAGCUUCAUCAAACAAAUCCCUUGAAUUGAUGAUGUUUUGGAGAUUUUCCAAGAAUGAUUUAGGGAGACUAAAAUCAAGAGAUACACUCAAGUAAGAACAUUAACAAAUCCUCAAGCACAAGGUAACUGAUAACUUCUUUACACAUCGUGAGUCUGUAUUCAAAUUACUCCUAUGCACAAGUCUCUAAUCUUGCUGAAGAUUUGAUUCCUGGGGAGUAGAAAUUGUUCCUGAACGGACCAUUUGAAACAAGCAUCUUUAACCUUAAGGUUACAAGAUUCAACCAGAUCUAUAUCGAUUACAUGCUUUGGGCUUUCCGCGACAUCUAAAAUGGCAUGGUGAAGGAUACGCACAAUAGAUGCGUUAACUAUUACGAAAGCAAGUAGAAGCGCAGAGUUAGGCGAGCUUACUA